CAGUUGAUGAUAUACAAACACUAAAAAAAAAUGCUUUUGUUAUUACAAUUCUUUGUUCUCCUUCUAGCCUUCAUAUCUCAAGAAUAUGAAUCCAUAGCACAAUAUGUACCACCUUACACUACCAUGGUGAGUCCGGUACACAAACAUAUCGAUGUUGCUACGCCUCUCUAUAGCGUUCAGAUCGACACUUUAUGGGAAAUCACACGAAUCACACCUGCAAACUUCCUUAUAGACAUCGACGCUCCUUUCAUAUGGCACGAUUGCAUCCAACAAUGGAACAAACGUCCAGUCAGCUGUCCCAUGUACAGGCGUUGCAUCUUUCCGGUUUCAUGUGAAGAUCUUCAAUGCACCAAGGUACGAAGUUAUUACUCUUACAAGAACCCUUCCUGUCCUCCUGAAACAAACAGUUCAAGGUUACCUGGUUUGGGAUCCUGUUCAUGUCCAGUCAAUGUGAUGAACCCGUUGACCAAAUCGUGUACCCAAGCUCUACUCAACUAUGACGAUUUGAUAGUGAACACAACCAACGGUAGAAAUCCGUUUAAUGCUUUCCCUUUUUCUACCCUUAACGCUGCAUGUGCUCCUUCUUCGGCUUUUAAAUAUUUCCCCGCAAAUGUGACUGGUGUCAUGGCGCUUUCGUUGUCUCCCUACGCGUUCCAGACAUUUUUCAAACAAGCGGCUAAGAAAAUACUAGCUCUGUGUUUGCCUAGCAGUCGCAACACAUCUGCUCCGGGGGUUCUAUUCUACGGAGAUGGUCCUUAUUACUUUCAUCCACACUCAAAUGUAGACAUAACGAGUUUUCUUUCUUAUACUCCGUUACUAGAGCGUCUUGAUUCUUUUGGAUACUUUAUCCGUGUCAAUGCUAUUGUCAUCAAACAAAGAUCUAUCGAGAUUCCUACGAAAGCAACUACCAAACUUAGUACAACCAAGGCUUACACAACUCUUCGAACCGACAUUUAUAAUCGUGUGGUUAGAAGGUUUUCAAAGGUUACAAAACGGAUCCCUCUUGCAAAGCCGGUCACACCAUUUAAACUUUGUUUCAGGACCUUUGUUAAUGGUACCCGAGUCGGAUUAAAGGUUCCUGACAUUAGUUUCAGUCUCCAAGAUGGGAAGAAGUGGAUUGUGUCCACGGCUAACUCCAUGAAACAAAUAACAAAAUAUGUGGCGUGCCUCGCGUUUGUUGAUGGUGGCGCGACGAGUGAACAUGGGAUCGAGAUUGGAACAUUUCAGUUUGAGGAUAACUUUGUGGUGUUUGAUUUAGAGAAGUCGACCUUUGGUUUUAGUUCUUCGUUGUUAAAGAAGCAGACUUCUUGUGCAAACUUCAACUUCACGAGCAUAAAACGUUGGUAUUAAACUAGAAGUGGAGUCAUAUUCAUCAAUAGUUUUCUUAUGCUUAGUAGUUAAAUUGUCAAUCUGUGUACUCUUUUACGUUUCUUUUUUAAAAUUUAGUAACUUUUUGUUUAGCAUGUUUUUAUCAGAAAAAAAACUCCACCGGA